CCCUCUACUUGUUUCUGGAAGUCUGGAACAUUUAAGACACAUCGACUGUGUUGGUGACUGCGAUGGACAUAGUGCAGAAAAUGAAACUCUUAAUAAAAUUAAAAAACUGCAGGAGGACACAACAUAAGUUAAAAGUGUGCUAUUCACGAAUGAAGAGGAGUACAUUCAAGCUACGAAAAGCACAAGGAAAUUUGUUAAAAGUAUGAUUGAUGAAACUGAGCAACAGUUUGUUGAGAAGGCAAUAAAAGUGAUAGAACUAAGUGCAUAUUUUGAAAGUUUUAAAAAAUUUCUAGUGUUUAGUGAUAAUGAUUGUAAAGAACUGUGCUUGAUUUUGGGACUUACAAAUGUCGACACUGUUAUUGCAGACUUGCAUUCGUUUAGGUACGUUGUUAGUAAUAAAUUAGACGAUACGUCUUCUGAUGUUGCUUCAUUCAUUCUGAGAGUCGACAUUGGCUACGAAGCACUACGGACACUCGCUGAAUCUGUACUGUGCAUUUCCAUUUCGACUUGCAGAUUGGAAAGGUCAUUUAGUACAAUGAACAGAGCGAUGACAAAAUUAAGGAAUAGGAUGGGUCAGGAAAUGCUCCAAGCUUGUGUGAAGAUUUCAACUGAAGGGGACGAGGACCCAACAGAAAGUUUUAUUGAUGACGUCAUCAAGAGAUAUGCUGUAAAAAAGCCUCGACAUAUUAGUUUGAUAUCAAGGGUCUGCCACCAGUUUCUUCACCCAUGGGGAUCCUCAUAAAACGCACUGUUGCAGUCAUCGACAGUGUUUGCUACAGCAGUGAGGAGCAAUGGUGUGUCUUGUUUGGUCUCCUUAAUCAGCACACCACUGUGCCUACACGCAAGGCUCGGAGUUCUGUGGAAUUGGAGUUUCAAGAGCAUAAAUAUAAUGGAGCAAGAUAAAUAAAAAAAAAUCUGAAUCAA